AUGUCAGCCCAGAGUCCCGAGGAGCUGCUCAGAGUAGUUGAGGCAAGCCACGAUCAAUAUCUCCGUAACCUACGAAGUCUCCAUGACUCUUUGGCCAGUGCCGUGAGAGACAGAUCAGAUAUCAAGACGACAAACAACAUUCGCCAGCCAUCUCCCCUCCUCCGGCCAUCGCCAAGUCCCGUCCAGAGUCCAGGCCAGAGUCCACCAUUCUCAUCAGAAGCGACCUUUCAGCCUACUCUUCGCCGUGCCCGCCGUUCCACCUUCUCGGACCCCAUUGAGAAGCGGACACUGUCCAGCGUCGUUGAUAGGAAGCACAUACCGGCCUCGAUUCACUCAGAGCUGGACGUCGAGUAUCUCCCCUUGCUCGACAUUGCCGGCCCUUGUAGUGCCACCAGUUCGGAUGGGACCCUCGCCAACCCUCCCACCAAGCUCGUCGAGCGGGUAUCAUGGACAGACAAUCAACUCCUACGCCAUCUCAAGUACACUGACUUCACCGGCGGCGCCGCCAUUGCGCUCGCGGACGUGAUCAAACGGCAAACCGACAUCGACGAGGAUGCGGUAUUCGAAGACUUUGCUGCGUAUGAAAGCCAGGGCUAUGUCAGCUCAACGUUCGAGCUGUACGACGUCGACAAUGAAGGGUCACCUCGACCCGUGGGUAAACACCCAGACCGCCGUCCUCGAGGCGCCGCAGCCGACGCAGCUCCAGCCCCUACUCAAAUCGUUGACGCCCCGACGGUAUGGAACGCUCUCAAGGAGAUUCACGCCGAUGGUCUGGCCGUAGGUCUUGUGACAAUCAUACAAGAACCGUCUGCCCUCAUGCUCGGUGCGCUGCACAUGACGAUGCGUCCCUACUUCGACAUGACGGAGCUCCUCAACCAUCUAAUCACAGACCAUGGGAACAACGGGAAGACGACAGCCCACGUCCACCGUGCCUUCGCGAGGGAUCCUUCACCCUCACACCUCCGCCAGCGCAGCUUCUUCUUCGUCUUCAAGUAUUACACAGUCGUAGGUGAGGGCCUCGAACCAGCCCCCUUUCAAAAGUACGACAAACGGCCCGCAGACCGCCGCUCCCGGGACCACAUCGACAUCGCAGAAUGCAGCUCCAUCCUCGCCCUCUCCCUCUCCGGCCCACCACGACAAUCCGUCAAACAAACCCGCCGCCGCGAAGGCCCGCAAGAAGGCUUCCUCUUCGACACCUUCGCGCCGUGGCACUUGCUCUCGAUCCAGUCCUUCCCAGACGACGAACACACCCUCCGCGGCGGCGACGCCGAAGCGCACAAGAACUUCCCCUCAGGGCCCUACGCCUUCCUAGACGCCCUCGUGACGGAAUACCGCGACGCGACGAAGCGCAACCUGGCGCUCCACGCCCGCAUCGCAAAGCUCAUUACCCCGCCGACGGACUUCAUGUUUGACGCCCGCCUGCGCGACAAGCUCCUCUUCGAGGACAAGCACUUCACCUACAUUCGGCGGUACUUUUGGGCUUACAAUACGCUGGGCGUCGUCAACGAGGGCCUGCGCGCCAUGCUCGCGGCCUACCGUGAGACGUUUCCCGACGAUUUCUGGGAGGGAAGGCACCAGACCCUCUGGCCGCACCCGGCGCCGGAGAGCACCGAGGGCGUGGCGUACCGCGAUAAGAUGGUGCUCUUACGUUCCGACUUGGAGCGCGCGUGUCGGGAUCUGGAGACGGUGCACGCCAAGAAUGCCGCGACGCGCAAGGAGAUUGAGAACUUGAGAGAUCAGCUUUUCAGCGGAAGUUCCAUCAAGGAGUCGAGGAGGGCGAUUGAGCAAGGGGAUAACAUCAAGGUCCUGACGUUGGGGUCCAUGGUGUUUUUGCCCCUGACUUUUGUGACUUCAGUCUUUGGAAUCACAGAGUUUACAAUCUCACCAGAAGACUGGAGAUUCCCCGUGACAAUGGUCUGCGUCUGCGUCCCCUUCAUCGUGGCCCUCAUCCUCCUGCAGACGCGCGCGGGGUACUCGCUCGCCCGGCACACUUUUGCCGCGCUCGCCUGGCCGUUUCGGCUAUUUACAGACGCCGGCUCGGAUGAUCAGUUCACACCAGCUGUCGUCAUGCCCGUGGCGGAGACGAGACCCAGGAGGAAGAGGCGGUUGACGAGCCGUCGACCGCCUGCGGUGCCGGCACCUUCGCCGCGGCACCAUCCACAGCCGCAGCAGCAGCAUCGUGACAAUGAUUUGGGUUUGAUACAGUCGUUUAUGGGGUGGUGGGCUUGGGUGAGAAAGAAUGGGGUUCGUAGGAGUGGACGUGAGCGAGGUGGUGGGCCGGGUGACGGUCUAGCGUUUGGGAAUGUGUGA